CAGAAAGAAGAGAGAAUGCGCCGUCGAACUUUAUCCUGCUCAGACGGCUCUUAAUCCCCGGGCCGUUUGCUCGCCUGUCAUGCUCUUUUGGUGGAAAUCUGUCUUGUCUGACCAUAAUGGGUACUUUGUGCUUCCGGGUUUCCAUUAGUCCAGUCCAGAAUCAGGAUGUGCGAAAUGAUCGGGAAUAACAGCCAGGUAAAAAUAAAACCAGGGAUUUCCUCUCGUUUCUUUCUUCUCCUGAAGAAGCAGAACAUAUUGGCAUGCAUUGAUUUAUGCUCCGAGCAUUGUAUACUUGAUAUUCAGUACCAUGGAAACAGUUGAUCUGGUCGUCGUCGGCGCCGGCUGGAGUGGUCUUGCAGCCAUCAAAACCUAUCACGACGUCAAUCCAUCCAGCAAUGUCCUCCUCCUGGAGUCCGCGUCGUCCGUCGGUGGCGUUUGGGCUAAGCACCGGUUGUACAAAGGCCUCAAGUCCAACAACAUGCUAGGCACCUACGAAUUUAGCGAUUUCCCCAUGACCGAAAAGGCCUUUGGCGUCAAACCCGGUGAACACAUCCCCGGCCAUGUCAUCCAGACGUACAUGGAGAAGUACACCGAGCACUUUGGCUUCACCGAUCGCAUUCGUCUCGAGACAUACGUGCGCAGCGCCGAGCACCGUCCGGAUGGGACAUGGCUGUUGACUACAGCGUCGCAAAAGGAUAACAAUACGGAACAGACAAUAGUGGCCAGGAAGUUGAUUGUGGCAACUGGUAUCACGUCGCAGGCAUUCCUUCCCAGCUUCCAGGGACAGGAUGACUUUGGCGCACCUUUGUUCCACUGUCGUGACCUGCUCGAGCAUGAGUCGCAGGUGCUGCAGUCUGGAAAGAAGGCGGCGGUGUUCGGAGGUACCAAAUCCGCCUGGGAUGCUGUGUAUGCCUGCGCGACGUCGGGGAUGCAGGUCGACUGGGUGAUUCGUGAGUCCGGCCACGGGCCUAUCUGGAUGGCGCCGCCGUAUGUAACGCCGCUGAAGAAGUGGCUAGAGAAACUGGUGACCACGCGGUUUUUGACAUGGUUCAGCCCGUGCAUCUGGGGCGACGCAGAUGGCUUCAAUGGUGUACGGUCAUUCCUGCACGGUACCUGGUUAGGACGCAAGAUUGUUGACUCAUUCUGGUCUACCUUGGCGAACGAUGUCGUCCAGCUCAAUGGCUACAAUGAGCAUCCCGAAGUGAAAAAGCUGAAGCCGUGGAUUAGUCCGUUCUGGAUCGCUUCGUCACUGAGUAUCCUCAACUACCCGACUAACUUCUUUGAUCUGGUGCAUGACGGCAAGGUGCGCAUUCACGUCGCCGACAUUGAUCAUCUGUCGCGCAACUCGGUACACCUGGCCAACGGCACUGUGCUAGACGAUAUCACGGCGCUUAUCUGCGCAACAGGCUGGAAGGCAACACCCAACAUGCAAUUCCUGCCGGUUGGCAUCGACCGCGAUCUGGGCUUCCCAUGGAGCGAGGACUCGAUGGAUGAAGCGCUGGUGCGCAGAGCCGAUGAGGAGAUUCUGAAGCAAUUCCCCAAGCUGCGGAACCAGCCCACACCCAACCCGCAGUAUCGUCCACUGUCGGACGAUGCGCCAGCGACAGCAACCCACCCAUUCCGUCUGACGCGCUUCAUCGUGCCUCCAUCGUUGAUUCAUGAGCGCUCCGUCGCUUUUAUGGGUGUAACCAUGACCAUCAACACGACUAUGAUCGCGCAAACCCAAGCACUUUGGAUCGCGGCUUACUUUGAUGGCAAACUCGACGUGAACCCAACUGUUUCGUGUCCACCGGACGUGCGUGAACUGCUCGCCUCAGCCAGGGUCUCCGAGACCAAGGAGCCAAUCGCCAAGGAAAAUACCCUAGGCCAGGACGAAGAGCAGGACCCCAAUCUCGAUCUCAUUUGGGAGACAGCUCUACACAGCGAAUUCGGCAAAUACCGCUACCCCGGUGGUUUCGGACGCCGCAACCCGGACUUUGUCUUCGACGCGCUGCCAUAUGUGGACAUGCUUCUCCGGGAUCUGGGCCUAAAGACGAACCGUAAGGGAGGCGCUUUGGCCCAGUGUUUUGCUCCGUAUGGUGUGGAGGAUUACCGGGGGUUGGUGGACGAAUGGAAGAGAGAGAAUGAUACCCUAUCUGUAUAGUCAGAACACUCCGUUAGCAUAACAUAAUUUUAAUCAAGCGUUUGAUUCGUUUCAUUAUGACUCGCGUGGAUGUGAUAGCUCCAGUUGAUACAUCGGAUCGCUAUCGGACAUCGCGUACGCUUUUUGUUUUAUUUCCACAUGGCUGAUCAUGGAGAGUAAGCUUAACCAUCCCUCGGGACAGAGUUAUUUGUAUUAUGC